GCCGAUGUUUGACAUACCCGGCAAUCCAACAAUCCUAUUGAGCAUUGAGAACCGGAGUGUAGCGUAUCAACACAUGUCACAGCAGAAACCCGCCUCGCAACCUGGCUUAUCUUCUGCAUUUGGUUUUUGGUGUUCCUGUGCGCGUCCUUGCCUGCUGUUGUCGGUCAUUCAACCUUCGCCUGCUGUAGAAUCUGCUUCGCGAAGAGGUUUUGUCAAUAUCUUCAUCACUGCUCAUGACCUGAAGUGAUCCAGACACAGCAGUUCGAAGGAAACCUCAGUCUAAGGGUUGUCGGAGACAUAAGCAGGUUUCAGUGCGUAUAAUUUUAUUGUGCGAAAGUCGUAUUGCUCAAUGGAAGACUCAGCUGUCGAGGAUUCACCAAAACAAAGUAAUUGGCCCAUUUAUCUUUACAUUCCUAAUCUCAUCGGGAGACUUGUAACAGGAUAUGCGAGGAUUAUCGCCAAUGGCGCAGCUUUCGGAGUGGCUUUCACCAACAAAGAAUUGUUUGCUAUUCUCUACUUUGCAAGCUUUGUAUGCGAUGAACUUGAUGGCCGCUUUGCUCGCAUGUUCAACCAGAAGUCAACCUUUGGAGCUGUUUUAGACAUGGUGACUGACAGGGUUAGCACUGCUGCACUCUUGGUACUUCUCACGCACUUUUACAAGUCUCACUAUGGACUGUUUCUCGGGCUUCUUGCUCUUGACAUUUCCAGCCAUUGGCUUCAAAUGUACAGUACCUUCUUGUCGAGCAAGGCAAGUCAUAAGGACAUGGGUGACAGCAAGAGCACUUUGCUCCGUCUGUACUAUCAGCAUCGCUUCUUCAUGGGAUACUGUGCGAUCGGGGCAGAGGUUGCUUAUAUACUUCUGUACAUGCUUGCCGCUGAGGGAAACAUCGGAAGCCCUUACGAGGUCACCUGCCGUUCUAUCGGAAACGGAACUGUUUAUGGUAUUUUACUGGCAAUUGCAUUACCAGGUUGUGCAAUCAAACAACUUGUGAAUCUUGUUCAGAUGAAAACAGCAGCAGAUGUGUGUGUAAAUUAUGACUACGCGCGACACAACUCCAAGGCUCAAUAGUAACAGAUACCACUUACAAACACAGUAGUCUGGCUUUCUCUACAUAGUAGAUUGUAAUGAAGCGUCUGAAUUUAAGACCUCACAAGCAAAUGAUUCAUUUAGAAUGUAUCAUACAGCUUCAAAUAAACAAUUCUAACCUUUUCCUUCGAA